AUGGUCGCUACGUUGGACCUGAGUUUAGUCCCGCCGAUCUACAUCCUGCCAACUCAUCUCUCGACUGAAGAUCUGCAUGAGUACGAGGAUCAGGUAUACGCCGCUCACGGUCUAUUGACAUACAAUGCAUCAGAAGCACGUAUCUUCGUUGGUCGUGUCUCCCAGAAGAAGCGAGCUUUGUUCGAGCUCAGGGCACAGGGAGUCUAUGUUGACCUCACUGACCAGCCGGCCGUCCUACAAGAUGACAGUAAUGGACCACGAGGCAGAAAGCGAAAGCUAGGGGAAGACGAGCCUGUCUCAAGCGGCGACGAAGCCUCGAGCGCCGCGAGCGCUACCUGGCCGGAUCUGACAUCUCACAUCCUUGUGGUAAAGCUGGAGUGGAUCGAUGCUUGUCUCAAACGAGGCUCAGUACUCCCUUACCAACGGCAAUACGGGACUUGUCACUUACAUCAAGCUUCUCCCACCACUUCCACACAAGCUGGUCCCUCAUCUCAUCCUCCGGCACCUCGACCAUUCGGCUCCGAACACAUACGCACCUUCCCACAUCACUCUAAACGCCCCCCUCGCCUCGAGCACGGCCAAACCACGCACGACGGCUCCUCUGACUCCCGCUCCUCCUCACCGCGCAAGAAGCUUCCACCUCCACCAGACUGGGUCCACCUCCCUAACUCAACCUUCGCCUGCUGCCGCAACACGCCCUUGAAAACAGCGAACGCCGCCUUCAUCGCCCAACUCGAAUCCAUAAAACUCUCCCGCAUCCUCACCCGCGACGAAAUCGGUGUGCGCGCCUACUCCACUAGCAUCGCCUCCCUGUCCGCCUACCCCUCCUCCCUCGUCUCCGAAACUGAAAUCCUGCACCUCCCCGGCUGCAACUCGCGCAUCGCAGAACUGUGGCGCGAAUGGCGCGACUCCGCCUCCUCCGACUCCGAGCGCUACCUCGAAGUCGUCCGCCGCUUCGAGAGCGACCCCGAAAUGCAAACCCUAAAACUCUUCUACAACAUCUGGGGCGUCGGCGCCGACACAGCGCGAAAGCUCUACUACACCUUCGGCCUUCGAGACCUCGACGACAUAGUCGAAUACCACUGGACCCAACUAACCCGCUCCCAACAAAUCGGCCUGAAAUUCUACUCGGAGUUCGAAUCCAAGAUCCCCCGCGCGGAAGUCGAGUCCAUCGCGUCCACGAUCCUGCACCACGCGCGCCUCUGCAAGUCCAUACCGGAGGAGCACUGGACCCCCAACGCAGACGGCAGCGGACAUGCAAACGACAUGGUCUGCGUCAUAGUCGGCGGGUACCGACGCGGCAAAGCCGAGUCAGGCGAUGUGGAUGUGAUUCUCUCCCAUCGCGAUGAACACGUCACGCAGGAUCUUGUUGUGGAUGUAGUGCAGUCGUUGGAGACUGCAGGGUGGAUCACGCAUACCUUGACGCUGCAGACCACUACGUCGGAUCGAGACCAGCAGACGCUGCCGUACCGUGGGGAAGGGCAUGGCCAUGGGUUCGAUAGUCUGGAUAAAGCGCUGUGUGUAUGGCAGGAUCCGGAGUUUGAUGAUCAAGAAGGGACAAUCACGAAAAAUCCAAACGUCCACCGCCGGGUUGACAUUAUAUUGAGUCCGUGGCGGACCGUGGGGUGUGCGGUGUUAGGUUGGUCUGGCGGGACGACGUUUCAGAGGGAUUUGAGGCGGUUUGCGAAGAAGGAGCGUGGUUGGAAGUUUGAUAGUAGUGGAGUUAGGGACCGGGGGACUGGGGGUGUGGUGGACUUGGAAUCUGGUAAACCGGAGGGCGGUGAAGCUGAGGUAGCUGAAGGGGAGACGUGGAUGGAGAGGGAGAAGAGGGUGAUGGAGGGCCUUGGAAUUGGUUUUCGAGAGGCGUGGGAGAGGUGUACGGGAUAG